AUGAGCGAUCCACAAGAUGACAGCAAGAAAGAGGAAGCUCUCUCACAAGAUGUGGAGAUGAUUGAUGCUGAGACAGCCAAUCCCACGCUACAGUCUGAGACAGUUCCAGGUCCAGAUGCACCAAACACAGAAGUCCAUGAAGCCCCACAAGAGAACAUAGAAGCAGUGCAAGAGGUGUAUUCUGAGCAAGUUGACACAGCUGUAUCGUCUGAACAACCACAAGAGCAGCAACCCAUUUCAGUAUCGUCUGAGACAAACACACAACAGCCUUCGCAACCAGAACUUCAAGUCGAGGAGAUAACUGAUGAGCCUGAAGUCAUUGCAGAUGAGCCAGAAGUGGUUGAAACUCCAGCAAUUACUGUUAGCUCAACCGAAAAUGUUCAGGAGAAUGAACCCCAAGCCAUAGAGCCCCAGGUGGAGGAGCCUCCAGCAGAAGAAGCCAAGCCAGAGGAGCCUCAGGUCCAGGAACCUCGUAUUGAGGAUGCUCCAGCAGAAGAUGCUCCAGUUGAAGAAGCUCCAAUUGAUGAACCUCAGACUGAUCAGCCUCAAGAAGAACAGCCAGACCUCCAAAAGCCAACGGAAACGCUUGAACCUGACGCUCCCGAGAACAUGGACGAAGACCAAGAUCCUAACACUUCGGUCACUUUGAAUCCACCAAGUUCAGCUCAGAACUUUGCCACCCCACUGAAGUCUCUUCCUGCCCUCAAGGACAUUGAACCUAUCACUACUCCGAAAGCAUUCAAUGUUGCUAAAGAUGAUGAGGGCGUUCGCAGUUCGCCAGUGGCUGAACAAAGAUCAGCUAAUCUUGCCGAGUUGGCCGAGCAAGAUGAUGUGCUUGACCACACAGCCAACGAUACUUUUGCAUCUGCCGUCAUGGACACCAACGCCAAUGAUGACCCUAUUCCCGAAACCGGAAACAAGUCGGAUACCGAUCUAGAACCCGUUGCAUCUUUCCUUGGAUUGGAUACUUCCACGCUCUCUAAGUUGCCGUCAUUAAUAAUAUCGAAGCUUGUGAGUAAGACCCAGCAAUUCCAUGGUCUUCAGUCAGAACUUUCCUUCUUUAAGCUUAAUCAGGAGCAAUUCAGUCAAGUACAACAAAAGAAGUUGGACACAUUCCAGAAGAAGAUUGAGAAAUUGACGGAAACGAAUUCGAACAUCACUUUGGAGAACGAGGUGCAAUACGACGAAUUGGUCACACUUAAGGAAACUCUUGAAACUGUUCGUGAUGAGAACAGCAGCCUCAAACAAAAAGCAUCUCAAUCGGAGUCUCAAGUGAAAGAGUGGGAGAAUAAGUACAACGAACUUACUACGUCUGGCGAAGCUAGCAAUCUCAAUCUUAACGAAGCGCUCGACAAGGCUAUUAAAUCUAAUCUUGAGCUGGGCCAGAAGUUGAGUGAGCUUAAUAAGGAGCUAAGCGAAGCUGUUAAUGAGAAGUUCAACUUCAAGCUUGAGUUAAACAAAGCUAACAACGAACUUGUUUACACGAAGAAUCAGAAAGAGUGGUACGAGAAGGAACUUAAAUCUCUUCAGGAUAGGUACACUAAUCUUCUCAAAAAGCACGAUGCCGAUAGCUUGAAGGACUCGAACCAAAUCAGCUCCCUUGCAUCAAAGAACGAGACUUUGGCCUCCAUCAAAGACUCGCUCCAGUCACAAAUCAAAGAGCUUGAUUCUAAGCUUGAGGAACAAACUAAUAGAGCUUCUGAUCUAGAGACGAAACUCGAGGUGCAAAGAUCUAAAUUUGUAAAGGACAGUUCCCAGAAAGAUGAUUUGAUCGAGCUUAUCAAUGUUCAGUUGAAUGAGAAGACUUCCAGAAUCCAGACCUUAGAAUCAUAUGCUGAAGAGCUCAAGAGUUCAACAUCCGAAUCGAUCUCCAAUUUGCAGAGAGAGCUUUACGAAAAGGACGAUAAGAUUGCUCAGACGGAAGAGAAACUCAGGAGAACCGAAGAUGCCCUUGAUUCCGAACUACACAAGGAGACGGAACUCCCCAAGUUGGGUGCUUCAGCUGAAUUGAUUAUGCAGAAUAAGCCCCAAGGUAUUUCCUUAUCGUCGCUCUACACCGAGUUUAAUCAUAUGAAGAAAGAACUUGUUCUCGAGAAGUCACAGAAAGAAAAGCUUGCUGCUCAGUUACAACACUUCGUUGCAGAGUUAGAGUCCAAGAAGCCUGCUAUUGCCUCUUACAGAAACCAAAUUCAAUUCUACGAGCAAUCUCUUAAGGACAUGUUAGGAAAGCUCGAGGCUUUGAGACUUGACAAGCUUGACUCUGACAAAGAGACUAAUAGAUUGAGAACCAGGUUGAGCAAUAAUGAGUCUGAAUUACAUUCCUUGAAGCAAUUGUCUAAGGAUCUUGGAAGGCAGUUGUGCUACUAUCUUAUUCACUCCAAGGUCAGAGAUGGCAACGAGAACCCCUUGACGUCAGAGGAGAGGAAAACAAUCGAUUUGAUUUUGACUAAGAGUGGAAACAAGGACUCGAGCGGCGAGUCAGACACUGAUCAGUUGAUAACGGAGAGACUUGUUGGCUUUGCAUCUAUCAUCGAAAUGCAACAAAAGAAUCAAGAGUUACUUGUUGCUGUAAGACUGCUUGGUAAACAACUCGAAGCCAAGGAGCAAGAGUCUGAGGGUCUCGAAUCUGCUGCUGUGGAAGAGGCUAGGGAGGCCAUUUUGACAUUGCAGGGCGAACUUGAUAGCGUGAACGUCAGACUUGAAGCUGUCACGAAAGAGAGAGACUUGAUCAAGACAUUAGGUGAUGGAACUUCUCAGAACGGAUCGGAGAACAGCAAGGUUGAGGUGAAGCUUCUCAGUGAGGCCAAUCAGGAACUCAAGAAUAAACUUAAGGAACACGAGGAAGCCCUUAAGACCAUCCAAUCACAAUCAGGUGAGAAGAUCAAGUCACUUAUGGAGAAGUUGACGCUGUCGAAUACCGCCUACGAAGAGGUUCAGACGAAGCUUAGUUCCGCAAAGCAUAACGCCGAUCUUGCUGAAAACAGAUACGAAAGUGCCAAGAAGCUUUUGGACAAUUCAAGAAGGGAAGUCGAGAACGGAAGCAGGGAGGUUGCCUUCUGGAAAGAGCAAGCCUCUAAGCAAGAAGACCUUUUAGUCAGAAAGUCUAAUGAGCUUCGUGAUCUUGAACGGAAACUUGCUGAAUCGAGCUCGUCAUUUGAAAGCUUGAAGUCAGAGAAGGAAGUCUGGAAUGCAAUUCAGAAGUCAUUGAAGGAUGAGGUGAGCCAGCUCAAACGUGACAAGGAUCAACUCAAUGGUUUUGUUUCCAACUUGCAAUCACUUUUCAAGGAGAGAGAACAGUCGAGCUUGGAGUUGUCCAACAGAUUAUCGCAGAGUAUUGAGAACUACCAAGCCUUGCAACAAAAGCUCAGUCAGAAGGAGGAGAAGAUUGAAAUUCUUUCAUCCCAAUCAGAGAUGGCAUUGAAGGCUCAGAACGCUAAAUUAGAGCAAGUCAAUGAAAUUAGUGAGAGAUUGGUUGAUGCCAAGCAGAAAAUCUCCGAGAAAGAAGCUCUCAUUAAAAGCUUGCGCGAUCAGAUCACUAAUGCAUCUAAGUCUCGUCCAGCACGUCCUGUUGAAGCCAGCACAAAUGGAGAAAAUGGUGCUGAUAAUUCCGAGUAUGACGAUAUCAAGUUCGAGUUGAAACAAGCAGAGGCACAAGUGACAGAAUUCAGCAAUAUUGCGAAGGCUGCUGAGGAUGCUCUUGUCAAGGCCACUGAAUCAUUCGACAGCUACAAAUCUACUGCUGAUGAAAAGCUUGAGGCUGCAGAGAAUGAGAAGAAGGCAUUGUUGUCGGAGGUUGAAUCGCAAAAGAAGGAGAUUGACGAGCUUCAGAAGCAGCUGUACAACACCCAGAAUGAGCACCUCAACGCUGUUCAAGAGUUAAAGACUAAGUUACAUGAGUAUUCAUUGAAGGCAUCCUCAUACGACGACUUGAGACAGGAAUACGAACAAAAGUUUGCUGCAUUGACUGAAGACUUGAAGUCACAAUCUCAGAUGAAUGACGCGUUGGAGAAGAAGUUCCAGAGCAAGUUCGGCGAAGUCGAGACUUUGAACACAGAGCUCGUUACACAGAAGGAGCUCAAUCAGACACUCCUUCUGAAGGUUGAGGAUCUUACUACCAAGUUAGAGAAGGCCAGCAAUGAGUUAGCAUCGAAGGAAUCUGCUGUUUCUGAAGAGCAGAGCAAGACUGUUGAAGAGCUCGAUGCUACCAAGGCCAAGUUGAGUGACUUGCAGUACCAAUUCAACCUUACGUUGAACCAACUUGAAUUGAACAAAUCUGGUGCAAGUCAAGGCGAUGAAUCAGGCGACGAUUUGAAGGAAGUUGUCAACUACUUGCGCCGCGAGAAGGAUGUUGCUGAGUCAAAGGCAUCACAGUUGACGGAAGAGAAGCAAAGACUCGAAGUUCAAGUCGACUCUAUCAAUGCUGAGUUGGGUGCCGUGCGCUCUCAAUUGAACAGACUUCUGAACACCAAGGUACAAUUGGAUGAUGCCACAAAGGAGCACACACGUCUUCUUGAACAGCUCGAGCAAUUGAACAUCUUGAGAGAGAGCAACGUUACUUUGAGAAACGAAAAUAAGAAGGCUCUUGAGAAUGUUGAAAGUUUGCGUAAGGAGGUCGACAACCUUAAAUCUUCAGCUCCUGUUGCUGCUCCAGACGCUACUGCCAAUGCUGGUGCAACCGACUCAUCUGUGUUGGAGCAAGAUAUUCGUUUGUUGAAGGAGGAGAAUGAAAGAUUGAAGAACCAAUUGGAGAAUAACGAAGAAGUGAAGAAUCUUUUGGCUAAGUUUGACCUUCUCAAGAACGAGUUUAGAUCCAAGCUUAUCGCUCACAGGGACAAGAACAGAGAAUUGGAGAAGGAGCUUAACGAGUUGAAGUCCACGCACGAGUCCACUACUAAGCAGCUCUCUGAACUCCAGGGCCAACAAGGUAACAACGAGAAUUACACUGCGUUGAAGGAUCAAUUGAACAAGGCUGAGGCCGCCAAGAAUGAAGCAGAUAAGAAGUUCGAAACUGAAGUCAGUAAACUCAAGGAGCAACACGAGAAUGACAAGAGCAAGUUGAGGGCCCAGUUACAAUCCCAAUUUGAUUCUAAGCUUGCUAGCGAGAUUUCCAAGGCUAAAGCUCAGCCAUCUACUGAGGGCGCCUCGGUCUCUGAGGAUGCCAUUAAGCAAAGAAUCGAACAAGAGCUGCGAGCCAAGACAGAUGCUGCUACGAAGGAACUCACCGCUAAAUUUGAGAAGGAGUUGGAGACCAAGGUUCAGCAGCGCGUGCAAGAAAGGUUACGUACCGAAGGUGGCAACGCUUCAGACAAGGGAAGAGAGGAUCUCACGAAAUUCUAUGAGAACAGAAUCAAACAGCUUAAUGACAGCAUUGGACAGCGUCUUGAAGAAGAGAAGAAGAAGGCUGAAUCUGCAGCUGAGACGAAGUACCAGUUCAAGAUCCGUGUGUUGACCAGAAAGCUCGAGAAGCUCGAAGGUAAUGAAGGUACAGGUGGUGAUGAGGCCACAACUUCUAAAGCACCAAAGCAAGCUCCAGGCAGCGGAAGAAGUACGCCGUCCUUUUCUGGACCACAUGGCGAAAACACUUUAAGUGUGAUUCAACCCAAUGCUGGUGGUAACAGGAAUGGUGGUCAACAGGGUCUGAAUGUGACAUUCCCACAUCAGCAACAACAGCAACAGCAGCAGCAGCAGCAGCAGCAGUACGGUCAACAAAAAGGAAACUUCCACCAGGGAUCAAACCAAGGAGGUAAUACCUUCAACCGCAAGCAAAUCACUAUGGAGACUCCAGAAGAAGACUGGGAGAGUUUUGAGUCUCUUCGCAAAGCGAAAACAGUGCAUCCUAUCCAACUUCAACUGAUGCUUUCCGAUACAAAGCUAGAUAGAGUGUUCAUGAGAAGAACCAAACUGAUACCGCAAAGAGCACACUUGCUGAGCAGUGACAAAGUCGAUUCGAGCGACUCACUCGACGUUCAUUUCAAUCUUGGUGCCGAGGAACUUUCAAUCGGCAGCUCAGACUCUGAAGAAGAGUUUCUUCUUAUAGACUCCAAGUGGGAAGAUGAAAAACCUCAGUCGAUCUUUGAAACUUGGGAGAAGUAUGUUAUUGCCAUGCUUGGAGGGUUAGCAGGGUUUUGGUCGUCAAUUUCUAGUCCUAUAUUUGUUCCUGUUCUUUCAGAGAUACAGGAUGCAUUUCACGUUUCUGAGUCUUUGGUGAACAUCACCAUUGUUGUGUAUUCCAUUUUCCAAGGAGUGGGACCACUUGUGUUUUCAAACUUGGCAGACUCGGUAGGCAGAAGGCCCAUUGUGUUGGCAUGUCUUUUGUCUUACAUUAUAGCGAACUGCCUAUUAGCAGUCAAUAAGACAUUUGCUGGCUUGACAGCGCUAAGAUGUGUUCAGGCAUUUUGCAUUUCCUCCACAAUCUCUUUAGGAAGUGGAAUCGCCAGCGAUAUUACCACCAGAGCAGAGAGAGCAUCUUUCAUUGGACUCACGACUGGUCUUGCACUUCUAGGACAAGCUUUUGGUGCAUUUGUAGGAGGAAUGAUAUCUUCAGCCUUUGGAUGGAGAGCCAUCUUUUGGUUCCUUGCAAUGUCGUCUGGAUGUACCCUUAUUAUCAUUUUCAUGCUUCUCCCUGAAACAGCUGCAUCGAUAGUAGGCACUCAAGCGAGCGGUCAGCCUACCAAGUUUAGAGGUAUUAUGGUCGCUCCAGUUAUGCGGUUGAAAUAUUUGGCCAGGAGAUUGGAUCCAGUGGUAUUAUAUAACAAGAGGGAUCCAUAUGAUGAUCUUCCUGCCAAACCAAAAUUCAACAUUCUCAAACCAUUGGAAGUGCUCAAGCAGAAGGAAGCCAUUUUGGUUUUGAUCCCGGCUUCCCUCUGUUAUUCGCUUUGGCUCAUGAUGCUAACGACGCUUUCUCAUGCACUUACCAAACAAUAUGGUUUCUCAUUGGAUCGUGUUGCCCUUUCUUAUAUUCCCUGUGGAAUAGGAGGACUUCUCGGAUCACUCUCAGUGGGAAAACUUCUUGACUAUUCGUACCACAAGUACAUGAUGAACAGUCGCAAGGAAGGCAUAACAUUCAGUGUUCUAAAAUCAAGACUCAUUGUUUCCAUAUUACCAUCUGUGUUAUGUGUAUUGGCAACAUUACUCUUUGCUUGGACACUUCACCAAAAUGGGCCAGUUUCGCUUGCAAUCAUUGCAUCUUGCGUAAUUGCCUAUGGAGCAAUGUGCUGGUUGACAAUAUCCAGUACAGUGAUUGUGGAUUUGAGACCAACGGAAGCAUCAGGAUCCUGUGCUGUUGUCAACUUAACAAGAUGUUGGUGUGCAGCUGUCUUUGUAAGUAUUUUGAGUUACAUGGAGAAUAUGGGUAUUGGAUGGUGCUAUACCUUGAUGGCAGCGAUAUGUGGUAUUUCAAGUUUAUGUGUGGUAUACUUGUAUAACCAUGACGACGAGUAG